AUGCUCAACGGGGUCUUCUUUGUGUGCCUGUCUCUCAGUCUGUACAGUGCAGGCUCCUCUCUGAGCUGCAGAUGGAUGAAUCAUAAAUACAGAGAGCUCAGUGAAAAGUCUUUGGAUCUAAUAGAUACGAUGGCUAAUAACUCCACUAACACCACUGAGGAUGCUGAAGUGGACUUCCCUAACCAUCUAUACAACCAGGCGUCCAAAGCAUCAGCUGAGGAUAAACUCCAUUUCACAGUUCAGGUUCUGGAGGAGAUUGUUUCCCUGUUUGAGGAGGAUCACAGCAAUGCAUCAUGGGAGAACAAAGAGGAGAACUUUCUCCAUGUUGUAACCCAGCAGGUUGAAGGCCUUCACUCCUGUUUUGGGAGCCAGGGCCACAAGAAGAAGAACAAGAAGCUGCACAUGUAUUUCAAGAGACUCUCAAGCCACGUCCUGGAAAAAAUGGGCCACAGUGCUGAAUCCUGGGAGCUGAUCAGGAAGGAGAUGAAAACCCAUCUGAUCAGAGCCGACCUUCUGGCUUUAUCUCUACUCACCAACUAACAUCUGUCCGUCACAUUACCAAUGUGUUUAUUCAUUUUACUUUUUUAUUUAUUAUAUUAUUUAUUAACAUAUUUAUUUAUUAAAUUAUUGAGUCAUUUGUGUAUUUAUUGAUCAUUCGAGGAGCAUGUGAGCAGACCAGCUGGCUUCA